CCUUUCGCGCCCGCUGACACUGCACCCCGCGACUCGACUCUCUCUCACUCACUCACUCGCUCGCUUUUCGCCUUUGUUCCACUUUGUUUGCACCCUUUCCGUUCGCGUACGACACAACUCUAAAGCUCAACAAUGUGCGACGAUAUUCCACCAGAGCAGAUGCAAGUUCUGCGCAACGCUUUCAACGCGUUCGACCGUGAAAAGAACGGCAGCAUCUCCGUGGACAUCGUGCCCGAGAUUUUGCGGCUGAUGGGACAGCCGUUCAACCACCAGAUCCUGGAAGAGUUGAUCGAAGAGGUGGACGCCGACAAGUCGGGUUUCCUCGAGUUUGACGAGUUCGUCCAGCUGGCUGCCAAGUUCAUGAAUGAGGAGGACGAGGAGGAGAUGGAAAAGGAGCUGCGCGAGGCCUUCCGCCUCUACGACAAGGAGGGCAACGGCUACAUUCCCACGACGUGUCUGCGUGAGAUUCUGCGCGAGUUGGACGACCAGCUGACCAACGAGGAGCUCGACAUGAUGAUCGAGGAGAUCGACUCUGACGGCUCCGGCACCGUAGACUUUGAUGAAUUCAUGGAGAUGAUGACUGGUUAAACGCGGACUUUGACGCCGGUUCAAAAGAAAGCUGCCCUGCUCAAGGAGAGGCCGAAUUCCAGCAAACACCGGAAGCAAAAAACACAAAAAUUUGAGUGCAUUUUCUCUCUCCGAAAUUGUUGUCCAAAUUGUCGCGAAACUGCCGCUCUCUCCGCGUGUGCCGUCGUUGUCCAAGACUCUUUUUUUACCCCCCUCCACACACACACACACACACACAGCCAUGCAACACUUGAAAAGAAAGAAAGAAACAAAAAGAGUGGGUCGUGCGAAAUGAAAACGCCCUGCUUUUUUCUUUUUACUUAAUUUGUAUUGUGAAUAAUUUAAUUUUGUAUACUUUAUCUUUGGUUACUCAGAGUGUCGUGUAAUGUUACCUUUUUUUCUGCCCAGGAGAAAAAUGGAAUAAAAAACUUACAUUGCAAACCACAAGAA